AAAGUUCCAAAGGAUAGAAGCUGGAAAGCUUGCAAGGUAAUGAUGGCAAAAGUUGAUGGAUUUUUAGAUUCGCUUAUAAACUAUGAUAAAGAGCAUAUACACCCGGAUGUAGUCAAAGCAAUUCAGCCAUAUUUGAAAGAUCCAGAAUUUGACCCAGACCUAAUCGCGUCAAAGUCUUCAGCUGCUGCUGGUUUAUGUAAAUGGGUAAUAAAUAUAAUGAAGUUUAAUACCGUUUGGCAAGUUGUUGAGCCUAAAAGAAAAGCUCGGGAUCAAGCAAACGAAGAGCUGAGCGCUGCUAGGAAUAAACUGAUGGAGCUUAGAAAUAUGAUAAUUGAAUUGGAAAGGAAACAAAAAAUUUUAACCGACGAGUUUGAUGGCGCAGUAGCUGAAAAAACUAAUUGUCAAAAUCAAGCUGAUGAAACAUCUAUGAGGAUUGAUUUAGCAAACCGACUUGUAAAUGGCUUAGCAUCGGAAAAUGUCCGUUGGAAAGAGAGUGUUUCGACAUUGCAAAAAAGUUUGCAAACUUUACCUGGGGAUACUCUUAUGAUUUCUGCUUUUGUAUCAUAUGUAGGUUACUUUACAAAAAUGUAUCGUCAAGAACUAAUUCAAAAUGCAUGGUUACCUUUUUUCAAAGAAGUUAAGCCCGAGAUACCAAUAACAGAUAAUUUAGAUCCGCUAUCUUUACUCACUGAUGAUGCACAAAUUGCAGCUUGGAAUAAUGAAGGUCUACCAAAUGAUAGGAUGUCAUCUGAAAAUGCAACAAUUUUAACUAAUUCUGUUAGAUGGCCAUUGAUGGUUGAUCCUCAACUUCAAGGAAUUAAAUGGAUUAAAACAAAAUAUGGCAGAAGCUUAAGAAUUACCAGACUGAACUAUAAAAAUUAUUUAUUUGAUAUAGAAGUUUGUGUAAGAGAUGGGAACGUUCUGUUGAUCGAAAAUAUAGGUGAAAACAUUGACCCCGUUUUGGAUAACAUUAUUGGCCGAAACUUGAUAAAAAAAGGAAGUGCUGUAAAAAUCGGUGAAAAAGAGAUUGAUUACAAUCCAAAUUUCCGUCUUAUAUUGCACACAAAAUUAUCAAACCCACAUUACAAACCUGAAAUGCAAGCACAGACAACACUAAUUAACUUCACUGUGAACCGUGAUCAACUUGAAGAUCAAUUAUUAGCAGAAGUUGUGAAAGUUGAAAGACCUGAUUUAGAAAAAAUGAGGAUUAAUCUGACUAAACAACAAAAUAGUUUUAAAAUAACAUUAAAACAACUUGAAGAUGAUCUAUUACAGAGGCUGUCAUCAGCUGAUGGUGAUCAGAUACUCGGUGACAAAGAACUUGUUUUAAACCUUGAAAAGUCUAAAAAAACGGCUACAGAAAUUGAAGUAAAAGUAGCUGAAGCGAAAAUAACAUCAAAAGAAAUUGACUCUGCCCGUGAAGAAUAUCGCGUUGCUGCAACACGAGCAUCAAUUGUUUACUUUAUAAUGAAUGAUUUGAUAAAAAUAAAUCCAAUGUAUCAGUUUUCUUUAGAGGCUUUUAGUGUUGUCUUCCAACGAGCUAUGAGAGAAGCAGAAAAAGCAGACACAUUAAAUAAACGAAUAGUCAAUUUGGUGGAUAAUAUAACUUAUCAAACAUUUAUUUAUACUAGUAGAGGAUUAUUUGAAAAGGAUAAGUUAAUAUUCAUUUGUCAAGUCACUAUUCAGGUACAAAUUCAAGCAAAUAAAAUAAAACCGAUAGAGUUAGAAUAUUUGUUGAGAAGGCCAGCAAUUUCUGGAUUAACUAGUCCAUUUGAUUUUAUUUCAUCAAAUGUAUGGGGAGCUAUAAAAUCACUUGUUUUAGCUGAUGAUGAAUUUGUAGGUCUAGACAAGGAUAUUGAAACUUCGGGUAAACGGUGGCAGUUAUACAUUGAUGGAGAAGCUCCAGAGAAUGAUAAUCUACCUCAAGAAUGGAAAAAUAAAACUCCAUUCCAGAGACUUUGCAUAAUAAGAGCUUUAAGAACUGAUCGAAUGACUUAUGCUACUAAAGUAUACGUCCAAGAUGUUCUUGGUCUCAAAUAUACCAAUUUUAGACCUCCAGAGUUCAUUGAUUCAUUCAAAGAAACUACCUGUAAAACACCUGUAUUUUUUAUAUUAUCAGCAGGAGUUGAUCCAACACGUGACGUUGAAGCUGUUGGUAAAAAAAAAGGAUUUACAAUUGAAAAAAAGAACUUUCAUAACAUAUCUUUAGGGCAAGGACAAGAACAAGUGGCAGAAGAUGCUAUAGAGUUAAGUUCUCGGUUGGGUAAUUGGGUUAUGUUACAAAAUGUGCAUCUAGUACAAAAAUGGCUGCCUUCUUUGGAUAAAAAAAUGGAAGCAUCUUUUGAACAUCCACAUGUCAAUUAUAGAAUAUUCAUUAGUGCUGAACCUGCCGCUGACCCACUCUAUCACAUUAUUCCUCAAGGUGUCUUAGAUUCUUCCAUCAAAAUUACUAACGAACCACCAACAGGAAUGAUGGCAAAUUUACAUAAAGCUUUAGAUAAUUUUAAUCAAGACACACUUGAGAUGUGUUCUAAAGAAGCAGAAUUUAAAGCAAUUCUGUUUAGUUUAUGUUAUUUUCAUGCAUCAGUACAGGAAAGAUUAAAGUUUGGAGCUCAAGGAUGGAAUAGAUCAUAUCCAUUUAAUGUGGGUGAUUUGACGAUUUCUAUCAAUGUAUUAUACAAUUACCUGGAAGCCAACAAUAAAGUUCCUUGGGAGGACCUUAGAUAUCUUUUUGGAGAGAUCAUGUAUGGUGGACACAUUACCGACGAUUGGGAUAGAAGAUUAUGUCGGACAUACCUUGAAGUCUACAUGAAUCCAGAUCUAAUGGAAGGAGACCUUUUAUUUGCACCUGGUUUUGUGGCCCCUCCAAAUACAGACUAUAAGUCAUAUCAUGAAUAUAUAGAUGAUUUGCUGCCAUCAGAAAGCCCUAUACUGUAUGGGCUACAUUCAAAUGCUGAACUUGGCACACUCAGUACAAGGUCUGAAAAUUUAUUCCAGACUCUAUUGGAAAUGCAGCCUAGAGAUUCUGGAUCGUCUGGCGGAACUAGUAUGUCAAGGGAUGACAAAGUUAGACAAGCUUUGGACGACGUUCUUGAUAAAGUUCCAGAACCAUUUAAUUUAAUAGAUAUGAUGAGUAAGGCUGAAGAACAAACUCCAUAUGUAAUCGUUUCAUUUCAAGAAUGUGAGCGCAUGAAUGGAUUAAUGAACGAAAUAAGAAGAUCAUUAAAAGAGCUACAUUUAGGGUUAAAGGGGGAACUGACAAUAACUGCAGACAUGGAGGCGUUAGAAGAAUGUUUGUUCAUGGACAGAGUUCCGCCUAGCUGGGAAAAGCGUGCUUACCCAUCGUUGUUAUCUUUAGCGGCUUGGUAUGCAGAUUUAUUAAAGAGAUUGCGUGAACUAGAGUCUUGGGUUAGCGAAUUUCAGCUUCCAUCGUCGGUAUGGUUAGGUGGGUUUUUCAACCCACAAUCAUUUUUAACUGCUAUAAUGCAGUCCACCGCUCGAAAAAUGGGAUGGCCUUUAGAUAAAAUGUGCUUACAAUGUGAUGUGACAAAAAGAUACGAAGAAGAAAUAACGGUUGCACCUAGAGAAGGUGCCAUGAUAAAUGGAUUGAUAUUAGAAGGUGCUCGUUGGGAUUUAACCACAGGUUGUAUUGUUGAAUCGAUUCCGAAAGAAUUGUUUCCAAUAAUGCCGGUUAUACACUUUAAAGCUAUUAUCAAAGACAAACAAGAUUUGAGAAAUAUUUACGAAUGCCCAGUUUACAAAAUUAAACUAAGAGGUCCAACAUACGUGUGGACAUUUAAUUUGAGAACAUGGCAAAAGCCAUCCAAAUGGAUUUUAGCUGGUGUAGCAAUAUUACUUAGUGUAUAGUUAUAAAUACUGAGUACCAAAUAAAUGUGAUUUAAAUUGA